UUUGACAUUAGAAUGGCACAGUUGGGUUUAUGUACACUGCUUCUAUUUUCCGGCCUGCUCCAUCACAUCAAAAGCCAUAUUAAAAAAGAAGACAAACCUAGAGGGAAGGAACGACCCAAUUUCAUCAUUAUCUUAGCUGAUGAUAUUGGAUGGGGAGACCUCUGGUUGAACAGGCCUGACAACUCCACACCAACACCCUGGCUGGACUCAUUAAUGCUGAAGGGCAAACGAUUCACAGACUUCCACUCUCCUGCCUCCACAUGUUCUCCAUCUCGCGCCUCUAUCCUGACUGGCAGACACGGCCUACGCAAUGGGGUCACACAUAAUUUUGCAGUAGGGUCAGUAGGAGGAUUACCUCUCAAUGAGACCACGUUUGCUCAGCUCCUGCAUGAUGAAGGUUAUUACACAGCCAUGAUCGGAAAAUGGCAUCUUGGACACAAUGGCUCUUACAGUCCUGUUCACAGAGGUUUUGACUAUUACCUGGGUAUUCCCUACAGUAAUGACAUGGGCUGCACUGACAAACCAGGCCUUGACCUUCCCAGCUGUCCACCCUGUGUACAUAGACAGUACAGUAUUAAUAAGAAGCAUGAGGGAUGCUACACCAAAGUGGCAUUACCUCUGUUUGAAAAUGAGAAGAUUAUUGAGCAACCCUUGGACACAUGGAGCCUUAAAGACAGAUAUGCAACAGCGGCAGUCCAGCAGAUUUUCACAGCCAGUGUUACAAAGAAGCAGCCGUUCCUCCUGUAUGUGGCUCUCGCUCACAUGCAUGUGCCGUUGUUCCAUAACACUUUCCUAAACGUCACGACUGAAGACCCCUACACAGCCAGUCUCAGUGACAUGGACUCACUUGUGGGCAGCAUCAUGCAGGCGCUCAGCACUGAACAGUUGGAAAACACACUCAUAUGGUUCACUGGUGACAAUGGCCCUUGGGAGCAGAAAUGCCAGUUUGCUGGACAUGUUGGGCCUUUUGUUGGAAGAUGGCAGACAAAUGCAGGUGGCGGAUCAGCAAAGAGAACCACAUGGGAAGGAGGUCAUCGUGUUCCCACAGUCAUCUCAUGGCCUAAGAAGAUCAAACCUAACAGCUCCAGCGAUGCCCUGCUGAGUGGUCUGGAUAUCUUUCCAACUGUCCUCUCUCUGGCUGGGGUCAAACCUCCAUCAGAUCGACGCUAUGAUGGCAUCGAUAUUACUGACGUUUUGCUUAAUGACUCUGAAUCAGGGCAUAAGAGUCUCAUGCAUCCAAACAGCGGCGCUGCAGGACAAUAUGGUGACCUUCAGACUGUCAGGCUCAAACAUCACAAGGCAUUUUACAUCACAGGCGGAUCAGUGGCGUGUGGUGGACAAAGUGGACCUCAGCAGCAUCACGACCCUCCUCUGAUAUUUGACCUCUCUCAGGACGAGGCAGAGGCGAUGCCUCUAGACCCCAAGAGCGAGGAGUACAGAUCUGUCCUGAAGCAGGUGGAGAGGGAGAGAGAGGCUCUGCUCUGGGACAUCGCCACAGAUCGACUCUCAGCAGCCGAUUACACUGUCAUUCCCUCUGCUGAGCCCUGCUGUGCGCCACAAAACCCUGUCUGCCGCUGUCACCGCCUGAAAUGAGUCUGUUGUCCAGCGGAGGGUUCCAGAAACUGGGAUGGUUUCUGAAGGUUGUCUGUCGCUUUCAAGAUGGCCAGCCAUUCUGGAUCAAACUCAAGCUUCUCGCAGGAGCUUCCUCCACAAUCUGCAAUGACAAAACAGCUGGAUUUACUUCUGGAUCUCACCACAUACUAAAACAUGCUGGAUGACGGAAACAGCAGGAUCAUUACCUGAAGGAAGACAUUCGUCAAGUGAGAGAAACUUGCUGAUCUCUUUAGGGUAGCAUUAUUCAUUAUUCUCAGCCUGAAGGGACAAACAGCUUAUUGUUAUGAUAUCUACAUUUCAUCCUUAGCCUUUUUCACACAUUUCAUGUCUGAAGCCCAAUGUUACAAUGAAUGUCAUGUAGGCUAUGUGUGAAACAGGCUUAAUCCAGAGAUAACCAAAAGCUUCUAUUUGUCAAAAGCACAGAGUGACAGUGAAUGAGGAGCCACCUGGUGCUGCAUCAGUGUUGAGUUGCGUGCAGGUGAGCAGAGAUCCAGUAUCUGGACUGCAGGUGCUCUAGAAGCUCAGCAGCAGCAGCAGCAGGGCCUCCCAAAGUACCUCAUGAAUAAUCAUGCACCAGGAAGAUGUCUUUGGGCAUCUGCAUCUGGAGAAAAUCAGAAAAAUCUGAUGUGUUAAAUACAUUCUAAUCCAUUUCCAUUUCUUUUCUAACAAAACAGCUAAUCUGACUGCUUUACACUGAAAACUGGAUUUUUAAAAUGUAUUGCACUAAUUAUAAACACUGGAUGCUAUUUAAUAUAAAAAACUAGGUCAAUAAGAGUAGUAAAUAAUAGUAGUAUUAAUAUAGUAAUAGCAGUAUCUAGCUCAAUAAUAAUUCUUAAAUGAAAACUCUGAACUCAGAUGUGAGAAUGCACAUGUUGUAAAUUAGGUCAAAUUUAAAAAAUAUUUAUUUAUAAAUGAACAAACUACUCAGAUUUUCAGUAAACAUUACCUUAAAAGACAGAAGAGAUCUUAAAGAAAAACUGUGUGUGAAAGUGUGUACUUUCUGAAUAAAUGCAUGAUUUAAACAUUCC